AUGGCUCGCCCCCACGCAGACGACGACGACGACGUCUCACCAACCCGGGUGGACCAAGCGCCCGAGCAUCUGCCCGUCCAAGAUGCCAACUCCCCCUCUACCUCGACAGCCACCCAGGACAAGUCCAACCCCGCCAACGGGAUUCAGCCGCCUGCAGUGAUGGUGCGCAAUGCUUCCGAGACCUUGACUAUCCGGCCCAAGGAAGACUCUGCCCCGCCAACCGACGACCGGCCGCACCCCUCAGACGACUUGCUUGCUGCUCCCGAUGGAUCGUCCAACCAGAAAGAAAAUGGUGGCAAAUCUCCCGCUGGCGAAGGAGCCGAGGAUGAGACAAUCGAGAGCCCGACCAGGCGCAGCGUUCAGUUCCGUCGCUCUGAACACCCAGAGCAGUCCGGGCACACCCGCCACAGCUCUCUCGAUGGGUUCGAGUCCCCCGGCAAAGGAAAGGGGGGUACGUUCAUGUCCAUGAUCAAGGCCAUGGCCGGUAGCACCGGCCUGCAGAGCCCACGGUCUCCCAGCAUGCCGCCCGACGAGUCAAGGCUCCAGCCGGCAGCCGAGUCUGCUGCGGCCUCCCGCUCCGGAUCUCGUACCCUUGAACCGAUGGUCGACGGCGUCUACGACGCCGAUGCCGACGCCGAGCUUACGGCUGAUGAGGCCAACAUCCCAGACUCCGAGACCCCCAAGAAGAAGAAGAAGAAGAGGCAGAGGAUGCGCCGCCACGGAAAAGAUGCUCGGGCCGAGCCGCCGACGCCCAGUCGUUCAACCCAUGGCGUGGAUGCCCCUAACAUGUCGAAGCGUCUUAUGAGGCGUCGCGCGAGCAUGCCUGACACCUCGGCUAGGGACCUCGGAAUGUCUGACGAUGAACUGGUACGUCAGCGUGACCGCCCAUCCCUGUGGCGCCGUGGAGCCCCGUGGAUGGAUUCUGGCUCGCGUCCUGCGACAGACGUGGAAGAUCACGAGAACACGUAUGCCGUGGCACGCCGCCGAGGCCACCAGCGCCGCUCAACAGCUCUCGCGGGAGGCGCGAUCUCGGACGGAGAAGCACUUGCCCCCAAACGUCCUAUUUUCGGCUCCGAAAGGGCAUCGACGUACGGCAUCCACAAAUGGAACCAGGUCAAGAAGACCCUCCGAGUUCUUCGCCAGAGGAAGGCCGAGCGUGUCGACUACUACAAAUCGGCCGAGCUCAUGGCUGAGUUGAGGGCCGGUGCACCGGCUGUGCUGAUGCUCGCCAGCAUGAUCCAACGUGACGAGCAUGGAAACAAGAGGAUACCGGUGCUGCUGGAGCAGCUGAGGGUCCGUGCCGUCGACAGCUACCCCGAGGCUGACGAGGAGGAGACCAACAGCAACCGCCAUUGGUACUUCGUCUUCGAGCUCGAGUACGGCAGUGGCCCCAGCAGGAUGAACUGGACCAUCACUCGGUCACUGGGCGACCUGUACAACCUGCACUUCCGCUACAAGUUCACUUCCAAGAACGACAAGUACAUGCCCGGACGGCUGGAUCGAGGUUCUCGGUAUAAGCAGCCCAAGUUCCCGUACUCUGCGUUCCCGUACAUGCGCGAAGCCCGCAACAAGAACGACAAGGGGGACAGCAGCGAAGAAGACGACCGAGCUAACAUCAGUGGCGACGACAUGGCCGUCCAGGUUCAGGCCGAGGACACCAUUCCCGAGGAGGGAGGACGGCUGGCGGCCAGCGAUGUCGAGGGCCCCCAUGCUCACCGCCGAAAGAGGAGUCGCAUAAACGCCAUGGGUAUGAGGAGACGCUCGACGGGAAUAACGGACCCGGGGGAUGCGUCCAAUACCGAGGGCCAGUCCAACAUGGACCCUGUUGCCCGUAAGAAGCGAUACAUUGACAAGCAGCGCCGCGUCCUGGAAAAGUACAUUUCUGGAAUGAUCCGCUGGCUGAUGUUCCGAGCUGAGAGUAACCGCCUCUGUCGGUUCCUCGAACUCUCCGCCCUGGGCGUGCGCCUUGCCGCCGAGGGUAGCUACCAUGGCAAGGAAGGCUUCCUCCACAUCCAGUCCUCCAAGGGCCUUGAUUUCCGCCGCGUCCUGACGCCCGGCAAGGUCAUCGACCGCCACACCAGCAAGUGGUUCCUGGUCCGCCAGAGCUACCUUGUGUGCGUCGAGUCACCGGAGAACAUGAACAUAUACGACGUGUACCUCGUCGACUCCAAGUUCAGCAUCAUCUCCAAGAGGAGUCCGCCCAAGCAGAUAGGCGCGUCGGAGAAGCAGAGCACCUUUGACCUCACCAAGGAGCACCCUCGGGAGAAGCACCACACGCUGACGCUGGCUACCUCUGAGCGCCAGGUACGUCUCUUCUCGCGCAACCAGAGUAUCUUGAGGGAGUUUGAGGCCUCCAUCAACGAGAUGCUUCGCCAGACGCCCUGGUAUCAGGAAAAGCGCUUCAACAGCUUCGCCCCCGUGCGCAACAACGUCUUUGCUCAGUGGCUGGUCGAUGGUCGCGAUUACAUGUGGAACGUGUCGAGGGCAAUCAACAUGGCCAAGGACGUCAUCUACAUCCACGACUGGUGGCUGAGCCCGGAGCUGUACAUGCGUCGACCGGCGUGCAUCAGCCAGAAGUGGCGCCUCGACAGGCUGCUGCAGAAGAAGGCUCGCGAGGGCGUCAAGAUCUUUGUCAUCAUCUACAGAAAUGUGGAGGCUGCCAUUCCGAUAGACUCGGAGUACACCAAGUUCUCCCUCCUGAACCUGCAUCCCAACAUCUUUGUCCAGAGGUCCCCCAACCAGUUCAAGAAGAACCAAUUCUUCUUUGCCCACCAUGAGAAGAUCUGCAUCGUCGACCACGACGUGGCCUUUGUGGGCGGCAUCGAUCUCUGCUUCGGCCGCUGGGACUGCCCCCAGCACCCCAUCACGGAUGACAAGCCGACUGGGUUCGAGACCACCAACGUCCCCAAGGAUGCGGAUCACUGCCAGCUCUACCCCGGAAAGGACUACUCAAACCCUAGGGUCCAGGACUUCUAUAAGCUCCACGAGCCCUACGCCGAGAUGUACGACCGCAGCAAGGUCCCCCGCAUGCCCUGGCACGACAUCUCCAUGCAGGUCGUCGGCCAGCCGGCACGCGAUCUGACCCGUCAUUUUGUCCAGCGUUGGAACUACCUCCGCCGGGGACGUAAGCCUACCAGGCCCCUUCCGUUCCUCCUGCCCGCGCCUGACGCCAAUAUGGAUGAGCUGGAGGAGCUCGGUCUCACGGGCACGUGCGAGGUCCAGAUACUGCGUUCCGCGUCAACCUGGUCCCUCGGCAUCGAAGAUACGGAGCACAGCAUCCAGACGGCCUACAUCAAGAUGAUUGAGGACUCGGAGCACUUCGUCUACAUGGAAAACCAAUUCUUCAUCACCAGCACGGAGGCAUACAAUGUCCGCAUCAUGAACCGCAUCGGCGAUGCUCUGGUCGAGCGCAUAAUCCGGGCUCACGAGAAUGACGAGGACUGGAGGUGCGUCAUCAUCAUCCCGCUGAUGCCCGGAUUUCAGAACACGGUUGAUCAGCAGGACGGGACGAGUGUUCGUCUCAUCUUGAUGUGCCAGUACUGCAGCAUCAGCCGAGGCGAAAAUUCCAUCUUUGCACGCCUGCGUGCCGCUGGCAUCGAGCCUGAUGACUACAUCAGCUUCUACUCCCUCCGCCAGUGGGGCAUCAUGGCCAAUGACGCCCUGGUGACGGAGCAGCUCUACAUCCACGCCAAGGCCAUCAUUGUGGAUGAUCGCGUGGCCCUCAUCGGCUCCGCCAACAUCAACGAACGGUCCAUGCUGGGCUCCCGCGACUCCGAGUGUGCAGCCAUUGUGAGGGACACCGACAUGCUGUGGUCUACCAUGGCCGGCAAACCGUACCAGGUGGGCCGCUUUGCCUACACCCUCCGCAUGCGUCUGAUGAGGGAACACCUGGGCCUGGAUGUCGACGAGAUUCUGGAGCAGGAGCGCCAGGAGGAGAUGGACGGCGGGUCGUUUGAGGACGAGAUGAACCAGAUUUACCAGGAAACGGGUGGCGAGGAUGCCGCUGCCUCUACAGCUGCCGGUCCGAGCUCCUCCUCUCCCGGGGGACACAGUCCCGUCCAACGUCCCCACAGCUUCAACGCUGGGCUGGAUGUGGAGGAUGUCCGUGCUUCUGUCGACCUGGAUGUUCCAUCCACGGCCAAGGGUAAGGAGCCCAUGCUGGACCGCCGGGCCGAGGACGAGAAGCAUCAGGAUGAUGUGACGGGCUACGGUCCAGAUCACUGGAAGGAUGCUGAGAAAACUGGCUGUGACCAAGGUCGCGACUCAGUCAUCGUCAGUGGUGACGAAGUUCUCGUGCACGGCAUUGACGCUCGAGGAAAGGGUUCGUUGGAUGCGCCCAAGCCGGGCCACCACCAGCGGGGGCCGCCGAUACCCGAGGGCAGGUCUGUGGAUGCUGCCGAGGCAAACAAUGCUGUGAGCGAGGAUAUUCCCCCGAUGCCCUCCUCUGGCCGUCGGACGACGGAGCAGCUCGGACUGCCCCGCGUCGCGCAGCCGCCAACUCUCCCCGUGGCCGACGACGACACAGACAUUGGCGGUCUCCCGGCUCAUACCGAUCCCAGUACCGGCCGCCCCGUCAACAGCACAGUCCACCCAAUGGCGGCUGACAUCAAGCUCGUCCACAUCGACAAAGACUGCAUGGCUGACCCCAUAUCCAACUCCUUCCUGGACGAAGUCUGGGACAGGGCGGCUACAAACAACACCAUGCUCUACCGUCGCGUCUUCCGCUGCAUGCCCGACUCCACCGUGGCCACCUGGGAUGAUUACCGCGACUUUGCCGCAUACCAGGAUCGGUUCCAAGCCAAGAUGGACGGCCGCGCCAACGGCGACGAGUGGGACACCAAGUCGGAAGGCCAGCAGACCACUACCGAAAAACCUCAUAUUGUCGUGCCAAACGGUGGUAAUAAGGAAGAGCUCAACGAGAAAUUACAGGGAGACGGGGAGAAGCAGCAGCAGCCGCAAUCGUCAACGCCGCGCCUGACUCUGGAUACGAGCGGCGCAACAGAUCAGCGGCCCACCUCGCGUACUACGCAGGAGGGCCUGUCUCCCUCAUACUCACCAGGAGGCGUGCCGUUCCCGACCCUGGAGUCACCCGGCGCGAGCGGCGGCGCGAAGCGCGAGCGGCGUACUACGUUUUCCAACCUGCCCAAGCCGUCGGCCAAGGACAUGGCCCGACAGCCAUCCAACUCUGCAGAUGCGCCCAGGCGGGGACGCAGGGGCACGACCAGGAGCAGCCGGCGCGAGUUCACCAUCGACGACAUGCCCUCGCGCGCAGAGGCCGAGGAGCUACUCAACAUGACGCAGGGCCACCUGGUGCAGUUUCCGCACGACUGGCUGCUUGCCUCGGAUAUCAAGGGUAACUGGAGCUACCAGGUCGACAGCGUUGCCCCUCUGGCUAUCUAG